GGAUCCGGCUCCGGAGCCGAUCCCGCUCGGGCCGGCUACACAUACCGUUAGCGCUAUCACCCCCGCUCCGACUCGGCCAACACCGGCUUUCGGUCCGCCCAAAACGGAGGAAAGACUGCGUACCUUAUGCAUAAAUUCGUCAACCUCUUCCCGCCUCUUCGCUGCAAGUCUCUCCGGCAAGACACCCCGUUCCUCGAUCCGGUAUUCCGCAUCCCCCCUCGCAAAAUUUCAAAAAUUGAGAAAGGCCAAACAUUGGGCUGCUGGAUCAACCUAGCCUUCACGAUGAGUCUGCGGCAUCAUCCCUUUGACCCCCUGACGUCGAGCGAGAUCCGGCAGGCCGCUGAUAUUCUGCGACGCUAUGUCCCUGGCACGGACAUUCAUUUCCGGGUCAUCACCCUCUGGGAGCCUCCCAAGUCCGAGAUGGUCCCUUUCCUGGAAAUGGAGCAUGGGGGCUCCGAGACAGCAAAAACUCCAGCGCGAAUGGCCAGGGUGCAGGCAUAUGUCGACAGCACUUUCACCGAGUACAAGGUCAACCUCGACCAGCAAGCCGUGGUCGCCGAGGAGACUCUCCACGGCCGGCAUGCGCACAUUGACGGAGAGUACAUGCGCAAGGUCGAACUGGCAUGCAUGGCCGACCCCCGCGUCAAGGAGCAAGUGGCCGCCCUUAACCUCCCAGAAGGGUCCACAGUGGUAGUCGAGCCGUGGACGUACGGCCCCGACGGCAUGAACGACAUGUCCAAGCGGAUGACCAUGUGCUGGUUCUACAUGCGCCUCUCCGACGACAAGGACGCCAACUACUACGCGUACCCGCUCGAGUUAUGCGUCGAGGUGUCCGACGAUCUCAAAGUGGUCAAGAUCUUGCACCUCCCGUCAGGGGAGCAUGAUCGUGUGCGGACCGAAGGCAACCCGAAGGAGUUUGACCGCCGCAAGAUCCACGAAGGAAGCGAGUACUACCCGACCCUCAAUACCAAGCAGCGCACCACCACGAAGCCCUACCACGUCUCCCAGCCCGAGGGCCCGUCCUUCUCCAUCGAGGGGAACAAGAUCACCUGGGAGAAGUGGACGAUGCGGGUGGGAUUCAACUACCGCGAGGGCAUGACUCUGCACGACGUCCGCUUCGACGACCGCAGCCUGUACUACCGGCUGUCCCUGGCCGAGAUGUUUGUGCCCUACGGCGACCCCCGCACGCCGUACCCGCGCAAGGCCGCCUUCGACCUGGGCAACGACGGGGCGGGCGUCUGCGCCAACAACCUCCAGCUGGGCUGCGACUGCCUGGGCCACAUCAAGUACUUUGACGGCUGGCUCGUCUCGCGCGACGGCACUCCGCUCAAGAUGCCCCACGUCAUCUGCUGCCACGAGAUCGACGACGGCAUCCUCUGGAAGCACACCAACCCGCGUACCGGCAACGCCGCCGUGGCGCGGUCCCGCGUGCUGGUCCUCCAGACCAUCAUCACGGCCAGCAACUACGAGUACGUCUUCUGCUUCUACUUCGGUCAGGACGCGUCCCUGCACUACGAGGUGCGCGCCACCGGCAUCCUCUCCACGGCGCCCGCCGACUUCUCGUCCCCGGCCCCGCUCCCCUACGGCACGACGGUGGCCCCCGGCGUGCUGGCCCCCUUCCACCAGCACCUCUUCUGCCUGCGCAUCGACCCGGCCGUGGACGGCUACCGGGCCAACUCGCUGUUGGUCGAGGAGUCGCACCCGCUGCCGCCCUCGGCGGCCGACAACCCGCACGGGGUCGGCUACGUCACCCGGCAGACGUACGUCGAGCACGAGACGGGCCUGGACCUCGACCACACCACCAACCGCGUCUUCAAGAUCGUCAACGAGCGCAGGCACCACCCGGUCGCGCGCACCCCCGUCGGCGUCCGCCUGCUGCCCUGCUACAGCCAGCUGCUGCUCGCGCAUCCGGACAGCCUGCACGCGCGCCGGUCCGAGUUCGGCGCCCACGCGGUCUGGGUCACGCGCCACGCCGACGACGAGGCCUUCCCCGCCGGCCGCUUCACCAUGCAGUCGGCGGGCGGCGAGGGGAUCGCCUCGUGGAUCCGCAAGCGCAGGGAGCGAAGGAGAGGAGAAGAGGUCGGAGGGAGCAGCAGCAACCGAGAGGGAAGGGGAAACGAGAAGAAAGGCGGAAAGGAAGGGAACGUGGUGGAGGAAGAGGAUGAUACGUGCGUCAGGAACGCAGACAUUGUCGUGUGGCAUACCUUUGGGUCCACGCACAACCCCCGCGUCGAGGACUGGCCGAUCAUGCCGGCCGAGAAGAUGGUUGUCGGGCUGAAGCCGGUCAACUUCUUUGAGCGGAACCCGGCUCUGGACGUACCGCCGUCGACACAGGAGAGGAACCUGAGCGUGUUGGUUGAAACUGGGGGCGGGGUUGGAGAGGAACGGAAGGAAGAGAAAGAGGCGGAGUGCUGUGUCGAGAGAUUCAGGGGGCGGUAAGUGCAAACGAGGUAUUAGAAGAGGGGUUCGGUAUAAAUGGGGAGGGGUCAAGUGUGUAAGAUGUAUGCAUGGAAUCUUGACCUCGAACAUUCUACUCAAGAGCAGGGAAAAAAAGAAAAUUCCAUCCUCUCGUGGAGCCUGCCUUUGCUGGAUAUUGUAUUAAUUAAUCGUCUCAGGAACCUCGCUGCUCA